AUGUCAAAUUGCCUACGAAUACACGUUCUAGAAGAACCAAUUAAUUCUCUUUUGGAGGAAUGCAAGAGUAAAAAUGAUAGUCGAACGUUGUUGAGGCACUUGGAGCACCAACUACAACAAAGUCAGAAAGAUCACGCCUUCUUUGACGAGAAAGUAUUUGUAUGCGUGAUUGCAGAUUUUGGAGUAUCGGCAGACGACCAUGUCAGCAUUGACAUUCAAUACACUUCGGAAAAAUAUCAGACUCAGGACCAACCGGCAAAAAGGGUAGGACAAAAGGUAUGCACUAUACUUGGAAAUCCCGAUUAUAACAUUAACGGUAUAAGUGUGUGGAAAUACGAGUUUAGUAUCACGCCAGGCAGAAACUAUGAUAUUGUAACAUUGACAGCAAAAUAUAUCGAAAACACAGACAAAGCAGUACGAAAAUUUAAUGAGUUCCAUGAAGUAAAUUUAGUUCAAAUUGAAGACGCUGAAUUCUACACUGGCCCCACCACGGACUUGCACGCCCAACUAGAUGAGCAAGAAAAUCAUUCACUAAUAUCUUCUCACUCCUUACGUAUAUACUCUCUUUACAAGAUGUCUUUAAAAUCUUUCAAAACGGAAAAAACAAUUGCAUGGCUAGACUUGAGUGCGUCUAAGGCAGUUAAAGAAUCACAGACCUCUAUAUUAAUAAAUUCGAUAGAUAUUGAUAGCUCAAGCUGUGAAGUUGAAAGUUGUACACAAAUAGAAUUCCCCCUAAGACUGACUUCUGAACUAUUACUCACCGCUGCUUACCAUGUGCUGUAUGACGAUGAAUCAUCAGUAAAGCCAUUGAUUGUCACAAUUGAUGCGCUUGUUGAUGGUAGAAAACAAAUAAUUACCCAGUGGUCCUCCAAUAUAGACUUAUCGAAUAACAACCUUCCUCUGACGAAUAGCAACUCAUCGGGUAAUUUACAAGGGAAAAAGAUACAUUCACCAAAACUGUUACCGCCUGCAAAAUUGUCAAAACUCAGAUCAUACAACCAUUUGGUAAAUUCUCAGAACACUUUAAAAGUAAGUCCAUCACGGCAAUCGCCGAAUAUGUCAAUUUCUACCGGUACUACUGGUAUGGGAGGCAAACGAUAUUCCAGUAUGACUCUAAAAUCGGGCUCGAAUUUGAGUUUAAGCCAGUUAUGGAACGGGAACACUACACAGAGCUUUCAACGUGGUCUUGUCAUUGCUGUUAGUGGGCCAACGAGGGUUAAGCUCGGAGAAAAGUUUAGUUGGAAAAUCCAACUAUUAAAUAAGUCCCAAGCUGGAAUGGACUUGAUAUUGUAUGUCCAAAGUUCAAUCAAAAAGGAAUAUGAAAAAACCAUACCCCCCAUCCCCAUUCAAUCCGGAAAUAAGAUGGACACUGUCCCACUGUUCUCUAAUGGUCAGCUGAUAAGGAACUUCUACCAGAAAUUUAAUACAGCAGGUUUAGUAAGCUUGACGAAUAACUUAAGAGUUACGUUACAACAUGGUAACCUUUACGAAUGUGAACUCGAGUUAAUGAGUGUGGAAAGAGGUAUGUUUAAUAUAUAUGACUUUAAAGUCCUUGAUAUUGCAAGUGGAGAUAUAUUUGAAUGUAAUCGCUUACUUGAUGUUAUGGUGGUAUAG